AUGGGGAAUUCAAAUUAAAAGUUGUAAGAAGAGAAGUAUGAAAAUGUGAUGAAGAAAUUCAAAUUAAAAGAAUCUAUUCAUCAUAAUUAGUUAGGUAUGAUUAGAGUGUACACUCUAAAAGAUGAUAAUGUAAUUGAUCUACGAUUGAAUAGAAUUAUUCUAUUUUUGAAUUUCAUAAGACACCUACAACAUCAGAAGAAGCCAAAUUAAUGUUAGCACAUUACAAAAAUAGAAAGUGUUACAACAAUGACAAUAUCACAUAAAUAUUUUUCAUUUCUGAAUAACAUAGUCAAAUCUUAUGUUAAGAUUAAACUUAAUUAACUGUAAUAGGUGAAUUCUUUUACAAUAACAUAUAAAAUGAAAUGAAAAUGAAUUAUUAAUCUAAAAAUUACUCUAAUAAUAACAAUUAAUAAUUUCCAGAAUUAAGAUUAUGGUAAAUAACACUUUAAAUUGUAAAUGCUUGUAAUUUCUUAGAAAAAAAUGGAAGAUAUCAUGGAGAAAUUAAAUCUAAAAAUAUAUAUAUACAUCCUGAUUAAAGUGUUAAAUUAAUAGUAUUUCAUUUAAUAAUAUAUUUUAUUAGGAAUAUAAUUUUAUUUAUGGGAGUAUGAAUGGAUAUUAAAAAGCAUUAUUAUUAAAUGAUUUUUAAUAUCUCUCUCCUGAAUUAUUGAAAGAAUUAAGAGCAAAGAACUCUUAACCAAAUGUCGAUUUUAUUAAAGGUGAUGUUUUUGCAUUAGGAUUAACCCUAUUGGAAUUGGCCAAUCUAAGUUCUUGUGAAUAAUAUUAUGAUUGGAUAAGUAAAGAAGUUCAUAUUCAUAAAAUUAUCUAAGCCAAUGAUCUAUUAAUAUAGAAAGGUUACUCAACACUUUUUACUAAUUUAAUAUAUUAGAUGAUAUCUGAAGUAGAAAUUAGACCUAGAUUCAGUGAUUUAAAAGAAGUUUUAUCUCAUUUUGAAAAUGAAAUCAACAAUAAUUUAGAUUUCUAUUCCAGAUAUCAAAUGAAAUAGAGUCAUUAAUAUAAUAUAUAUAAUUCAGUGUACACUUAACCAUAAUAGAGACCUGGAUAAAUCAAUUAAACAUAAUCAAUAUAUUUACCCAAUGGAUCAUAUUGA